AUGUAUCUCAAAGCCUUUCUCUCAACCUUGCUGCUCCCCGCCGCUCUGGUCUCAGCCUGGGACUCCCCUUCUUACGCCGGUCUCACCCGCAUCUGGCAGGACACCUUCUCUGGCGCCUCCGGCUCGGGUGUAAACGAGGGUAACUGGAACAUCAUCACUAACCUCCGCGUCAACAACGAGCUGCAGGACUAUACCACAUCGCGCUCCAACCUCCAGCUAUCUGGCGGUAACACAGUGCAGAUUGUACCCUGGAAGGAGUCCUCCGGACGCUGGACCUCGGCUCGCAUCGAAUCCAAGUACACGUUCACCCCCGCCGCAGGCCGUCUCACCGUAGCAGAAGGCCAGAUCCGUUUCGGUGACAACGCCAUCGCCAACAAGCGCGGUAUUUGGCCCGCCUUCUGGAUCCUGGGCGAUGCCAUCCGCAACGGCGUUUCAUGGCCCCGCUGCGGAGAACUCGACAUUCUCGAGACGGUCAACGGGCAGCUUACGGGUUACGGGACGGUGCACUGCGACGUGACUCCGGGCGGCGCGUGUAACGAGCCCAACGGGAUCGGCGGGACGACGGGAAUCCCCGACCAGGGAUGGCAUACAUGGCGCAUCCAGUGGGAUCGCCGGUCGAACAACUGGCAGACGGAGACGAUCACUUGGUUCCGUGACGGCCAGCAGUUUCACCAAAUCAGCGGUGCCCGGAUCGGGAGCGAGGGGAUCUGGAACACGCUUGCUCGCGCGCCGCUCUUUUUCAUUUUGAACGUCGCUGUCGGGGGUAACUGGCCUGGUAACCCUGACGGUUCGACUUUGGGUGGUUAUGGCAGUAUGAUGGAGACUGCCUAUGUCGCUGUCUAUCAGUCGUAG